UGUUGGACAGGUUGGAUGUCAUACACAGAUGGCAUUUUGGAACUAUCAGGACAGUGGGUGGUAGUUAGGAGCUGUGGAGGGAAAUUUGGAUUAAUGGCUCAUCUAUCCAAAGCCCUGGAAAAAAUCAAUAUAAAGGAGGAGCAGAGGGAGCAGGAGAGAGAAAUGGUGCCUUCAGCCAGUAAUUCGAUGCAUCGGUCGACCUCUCGGCCGCAGAUCGAUCUCAGCGGUGCUGCAAUCCAGGGCAAUUCUGAGGAGAGGGACCCGACAAUCCUGUUGCCGAACCAGUCAGAUGACAUCUCUCAUUUGGCUUUGGAUAUUGGAGGAUCUCUUAUUAAGUUGGUCUAUUUCUCAAGAUGUGAGAAUCGCUCACCGGAUGAUAAGAGGAAGAGAUCUAUAAAGAAGAGGUUGGGGGUUUCCAAUGGUAAUAGGAGGAGCUAUCCAAUUCUUGGCGGGCGACUCCAUUUUGUGAAGUUUGAGACUAGAAAUAUAAAUGAGUGCUUGGAUUUUAUUUUCUCCAAGCAGCUUCAUUCUGGUGGGGUUGAUUCACCUUCGUGGCGCUCUGGAAGCCGAACCAAUGAUAGUGCAACAAUUAAGGCCACAGGUGGUGGGGCCUACAAAUUUGCAGAUCUCUUCAGAGAGAGGCUUGGGGUUAGUCUCGAUAAGGAAGAUGAAAUGGACUGUCUUGUCGCUGGAGCGAAUUUUUUGCUUAAGGCAAUCCGCCAUGAAGCUUUCACACACAUGGAGGGUCAGAAGGAAUUUGUGCAGAUCGAUCAAAAUGAUCUGUUUCCUUAUCUUCUUGUUAAUAUCGGCUCUGGUGUUAGUAUGAUUAAGGUGGAUGGAGAUGGGAGUUUUCAGAGGGUUAGUGGGACAAAUGUUGGAGGUGGUACUUAUUGGGGACUGGGCAAGCUUUUAACAAAGUGCAAGAGUUUCGAUGAGUUGCUUGAGUUGAGUCAACGGGGAGAUAAUGGAGCCAUAGACAUGCUUGUUGGUGAUAUCUAUGGUGGUAUGGACUAUUCCAAGUUUGGUCUCUCGGCAUCAACUAUCGCUUCUAGCUUUGGAAAGGCAAUUUCUGAAAACAAGGAGCUUUCUGACUACAGGCCUGAAGAUAUUUCCCUCUCUUUAUUGCGAAUGAUUUCAUAUAACAUUGGGCAGAUCUCAUACUUGAAUGCACUUCGCUAUGGCCUCAAGCGGAUCUUUUUUGGAGGAUUCUUUAUACGUGGACAUGCUUACACCAUGGACACCAUUUCCUUUGCAGUUCACUUUUGGUCGAAAGGUCAGGCCCAAGCAAUGUUUUUGCGCCAUGAGGGAUUUCUAGGAGCUCUGGGUGCAUUCAUGAGCUAUGAGAAACAUGGUCUUGAUGACUUGAUGGCGCAUCAUUUAGUGGAACGAUUUCCAAUGGGUGCUCCUUAUGUGGGAGGAAAGAUUCAUGGCCCACCACUAGGGGAUUUGAAUGAAAAGAUAUCAUGGAUGGAGAAGUUUGUACAGAAGGGUACCGAGAUUACUGCUCCUGUCCCAAUGGCCCCACCCGGAACCACUGGUGUUGGAGGCUUUGAACGACCCUCUUCCAAGGGAGACACUUUGCGUUCCGAUGCUAGUGCUACGUUGAACAUUGGUGUACUUCAUCUUGUACCCACAUUGGAGGUGUUUCCGUUAUUGGCAGACCCAAAGAUGUAUGAACCCAAUGCCAUUGAUCUCUCGGAUCAUAGCGAGCUUGAGUAUUGGUUUACUGUACUAACGGGGCAUUUGCCUGACCUCGUUGAUAAGGCAGUAGCAAGUGAAGGUGGAACAGAUGAUGCUAAAAGAAGGGGUGAUGCGUUUGCUUGUGCAUUUUCUGCUCAUUUGACAAGGUUGAUGGAAGAGCCUGCUGCUUAUGGAAAGUUUGGCCUGGCCAACCUUUUGGAGCUAAGGGAAGAGUGCUUGAGAGAAUUCCAGUUUUUGGAUGCUUACAGAACCAUCAAACAGAGGGAAAAUGAGGUUUCUCUUGCUGUAUUACCUGACCUUCUGAUAGAGCUUGAUAGCAUGAGUGAGGAUACAAGACUGCUUGCCCUCAUUGAAGGUGUUCUUGCAGCAAAUAUCUUCGAUUGGGGAUCUCGUGCUUGCGUGGAUCUUUACCAUAAAGGAACUAUUAUUGAAAUAUAUCGUAUGAGUCGCAAAAAGAUGCAACGUCCUUGGCGGGUUGAUGAUUUUGAUACUUUUAAGGAAAGAAUGCUUGGUUCUAGAGACAAGAGACCUAAAUCACAUAGGAGAGCGUUGCUCUUUGUCGACAACUCAGGGGCUGACAUUGUUCUUGGGAUGCUUCCACUAGCACGUGAGCUACUUCGUCGUGGAACCGAGGUUGUUCUGGUCGCCAAUUCCUUGCCUGCACUAAACGAUGUGACUGCAAUGGAAAUUCCUGAAAUCGUAGCUGAGGCUGCAAAGCACUGUGAUAUCCUUCGACAAGCUGCCCAAGCAGGAGGCCUACUUUUGGAUGCAAUGGUAAAUAUCAAUGACUGUUCUAUAGAAAAUUCAGCUUCAGUUCCUUUAAUGGUUGUUGAGAAUGGGUGCGGGAGUCCAUGCAUAGACUUCCGGCAGGUCAGCUCAGAGCUUGCUGCAGCCGCGAAAGAUGCUGAUCUGAUAAUCUUGGAAGGGAUGGGUCGCUCUCUUCAUACCAACUUCAACGCUCCUUUUGGAUGUGACACCCUGAAGCUUGCGAUGGUGAAGAAUCAGAGGUUGGCUGAAAAGCUGGUUAAAGGAAACAUAUAUGACUGCGUCUGUCGAUAUGAACCGGCCAGUUGACUUUCUUCUCUAGUUGCUGAUCUCUCAGAUAGAAUGACAACCAAGAGACAGUGGGGUGGGUCCAAAUAGAAUGAAAACACCAGCCUUGAGUACACAGCAGAUUUUUAUUAUUUGUUUUGAAUAACUUGCAUUGCAAAAGGGGAAAAUCAGUCAUUGGAUUGGAAUGUCACAAUGUUUGUAACAUGCAUUAAUAUUUCCAGUGCUAAGUUAUGUUAGCUGAAUUACAUUCUCUGAUGAAUAAAUAGAGCCAAAGCUUGCAGAAUUUUACAAA